AUGGUUAAGGAUACGAAGUUUUACGACACCCUCGGGGUUGACCCGUCGGCCACUGAGGCUCAACUGAAGACCGCCUACAAGAAGAGUGCUCUCAAGUACCACCCUGACAAGAACCCCAACAACCCAGAGGCCGCCGAAACGUUCAAGGACAUUACCAAAGCGUACGAAGUUCUGUCCGAUCCCCAGCAGCGGUCCGUCUAUGAUCAACUCGGCGAGGAGGGUCUUGAAGGUGGCGGUGCCGGUGGCAUGGGUGCCGAAGAUCUCUUCGCACAAUUCUUUGGCGGUGGAGGUGGCUUCGGUGGCAUGUUCGGUGGUGGUAUGCGGGACACGGGCCCCAAGAAGGCUCGCACCAUCCACCACGUUCACAAGGUCAAUUUGGAAGACAUCUACCGCGGCAAGGUCUCCAAGCUGGCUCUCCAGAAGUCUGUCAUUUGUUCUACCUGUGAUGGCCGUGGUGGUAAGGAUGGCGCCGUCAAGUCAUGUACCGGCUGUAACGGUUCGGGUAUGAAGACCAUGAUGCGCCAGAUGGGCCCCAUGAUCCAGCGCUUCCAGACCGUCUGCCCCGACUGUAAUGGUGAAGGAGAGAUCAUCCGUGAGAAGGACCGCUGCCGCAACUGUCACGGUAAGAAGACCGUUGUUGAGCGCAAGGUCCUUCACGUCCACGUCGACCGUGGUGUCAAGAAUGGCCACAAGAUCGAGUUCCGCGGCGAAGGUGACCAGCUCCCUGGCGUUAUGCCUGGAGAUGUUGUCUUCGAGAUUGAGCAGAAGCCCCACCCCCGAUUCCAGCGCAAGGAAGAUGACUUGUUCUACCACGCUGAGAUCGAUCUUCUCACCGCGCUUGGCGGUGGAACUCUUAACAUUGAGCAUCUUGACGACCGGUGGUUGUCCGUGACGAUCGCCCCUGGCGAGGUUAUCACUCCUGGCGCUGUCAAGGUCAUCAAGGGCCAGGGUAUGCCAUCUUUCCGCCACCACGACCACGGCAACCUCUACAUCCAGUUUGACGUCAAGUUCCCCGAGAGGGACGAACUACAAAACCUCAACCUUCUCGAGCAAGUUCUGCCACCCCGCAAGGAGCAGGCCCAGGCUCCUUCAGAUGCUAUGGUGGACGACUUCGAACUGGAAGACGUUGAGGGUGAUGGCACCUCACAAGCACGCGCCCACGGCGCGGCCGGCAUGGAUGAUGAUGACGAUGAUGUUCCUCCUGGUGCUGAGCGCGUGCAAUGCGCUUCUCAGUAA